AUGAGACAUUCAAAUUGCGCUCUCGCAUUUCUGGCGUCGCUGCUCUUCAGCGAUGCGCUGGCCAAUCCCUUGAGAAAUUUAGUGAGUGCACAUAAGUCUCGCUCGGACCAACGUCUUGCGCUCAAAACCUCGCCUCGCUGGCAUCCGCAGUGCAGAAAUUGUCUCGUUCACGAGCCGACGCCCGCAGUCGGACCUUCUGAGGGUGCGGGUGCGGGUGCGGGUGCAGCAGAAAGCUUCAAGUUUGGCACUCCCGACGCGUCGGAACGCGACAAAUUGUGGCGUCAAGACCUCGAGGCGAUCUCGCGCUCCUCUCUGCAUGCGCUUCGCUCGGCGCCUCGAUCGGCCGUGCCUCGACGCUUCACUCCCACCCCCUCGCCCAGUCGCUCUUUUCAUGACCGCUCUUUUCGAAGCGCAAAUUCAGGAGCUUCGCCAACGAACGAGGUGGCAGGCACGUCUGCCACAGCCUCGAGUCGAAAUUUUGCUCACUACACUACGCCUCGCACCUCCGUCGCUAGACAAGACCAUGGUCGCUCCCCAGGCGACUCCCGCCAUCGAGGCUAUGCCAGCGGUUCCGAUGCACCCACAUCACCUGGCCUACGCGCCAGCAGCAGCAGCGCCCUCUUCUAUCCUGCCACUGCCUCUCCUCAUCCUUCGACGACUCCAAGCUCCAGGGAAGCGCGGCUAUUUGCACAGACGCAGCGAGAGUUGCGCACAGCAUUGUCAGACACCAAGGCGCUACAAGACACAUCCAAGGGGCGAAGAUCAAGGCGACUCGAGCGGACUUCGACCGGUGUCAAGGGCAAGUCGCCCGACGGCAAGGCCCCGCAGUCUCUGUCUGAUCGCUGGUCAGGCGCGUCGCAAGAUCAAAUGUCGACGCCAUUUCCUUCGCGACAGGCGCCUUCCGAUGAUUCUGACCGGAGCAGCCGCUGGUCCGCAUCCGACAGGUACUCGCAGCUUCGAUCACUUUCCCCAUCGCCAUCGCCAUCUCCAUCUCCACCUCAUAGCAUCCGCAGGCAUAGAGACGCCUACUACCCGUCGCCGCAGAGGAGCCCGAUGCAUUCGCCUCUGGGAACACCGUCAAACUCUCGUCCGCCUUCACCAUCUCCACAACGCUUCGCGCGCCUCUCGCCCGCCUCGGCGGUUCAUGGCGACCGCAACAAUGUGCCCAACGUCGUACAUCCACUGGGCUACGCGCAUCCGGACUUUGACUCUCACGGUCUCUACGGACAGGUGAAUCGCAAUUUGGAGGAACAUACGCACGCUUUGCAGUACGAUGGACACGUCAAGGGGACAUCCUUGCGAGGCGAUUCCGUAGCAAUGUGGGCCAAGCCAGGAUCCCAUUUCCGCCACUUUGCUGCCGGAUGGAUGGAGCAAAGGCGCGGAUCUGGCCAGAGCCAGGCGCCCGGCCAAGGCAAGCUGCUGAUGGUGGGGCCAAACAAUCAAUUCUUUGACGCUGUGCACCACGGCAAGGUGGUGGGCUCGUGGAAGCUGCCGCCGUCCAUGUCGAAGCAAAAGGGCGUCUACGACAUUGAGAGAAAUCCGGUUCACGUGCACGGACCAAAAGCAAGACCAAACAAUCAAGAAGCGCUGCAGACGCUUCAAGAGAUGGAGGCACAGCAUGCCCACAAUUCUCAUCGUCGUCGUCCAUCCGACAGCGACGACGAUGCGGACGCAGACGCAGACGCAGACGACGGCAUGGACUUCAAAAAGCCAUCUCCAGCCGGCUCGAGGCGCGCUUCACGCUCCAGCAGCCCGCCACACGCCUUGGCCAGCAGUGUGAGUGCCAGUGUGAGUCCAGCUCGUUCUGCAGUCACAGUCUCCAGCACGCGUCACCACUCUCCUGCAGCAAGCCCGCUGCACGCGCAUGACUCGCGCGACACGCACCCGCGCGUCGCUGCUGGCACUUCUUCCACCUCCGCCAAACUUGUACCCGACGCAUCGCCUUUGCUCACAGCGACGUCAAAGGGAGAAGCGCGGUCCAUCGAACAUGACGCUCAACGUCUGGGCCAUGAUCUCAAGUCCGAAGUUGAGCUGCAGCAUUCCCGCACUUCUUCUCCCGCUUCCUCGCUGGGUAGCGCAGACAGUUUCGCUUUUCGCGUAGGACCUUUGCUCGGUGCGGAGAAUGGGCAAGCUGCAGAGGUGGCGAAUGGAGAGGUGGCAAGUAAGGCGGGUCGCCGAGAGCACGCCGUCGAUCAAGAAGACGAUUCGAAACAGAGCGCGCAACGUGGCGAUGAUCGAGACCCGAUCCAACAUGCGGACGGGUGA